AUGACGGACGACGAGAGACCCAGGAAGGUGGCGAAGCUUGGCCACGAUGAGGAGGCUACCCAUCCAGAGCUCGGGCCUGCCAUGACUGGUGCCGUGGAUGUUGCGCCGCCGCAAACCGAAAACACAGUUAUUCCUACAACCGAAGAUGCGAAACAAAACGUCUCGGAGACACUGAACAACAAUACCGAAUCAAGCACUGCUGCAGCUGCUCCGACCGAAGGCGGACAGGAUGAUGCGCCGAAGAUGUCCAAGAACCAGCUCAAGAAGCUACGCAAGAGAGAGAAAUGGGAUUCGGAACGCGACCUACGCAGGCUCCAACGGAGAGAAAAGAUGGCCGAGAAGCGAGUGCGCCGACAAUUGAGGGUGGAUGAGGCCCGGGCGACUGGUGGUGAAGAGGCCGUGCAGGAACUGCGUAAGGGCUGGGAGGGCCUGCGGGCAAAGCGACGGAAGUCGACCCUGCUACCCUUGGCGAUUGUCAUUGACUGUGGCUACGACGAGCUCAUGAAUGCCAAGGAGCGUGUUUCUCUCUCAUCGCAAUUGACUCGCUCUUACUCGGAGAACACUCGCUCCAAGUGGCGGUCGAACCUGAUGUUCAGUACUUUCGAUAAGCUUCUCAAAGAGCGAUUCGACACCACCCUCGCGGCACAUAAGAACUGGAAGGGAAUAAGGAUCAUCCAGGAAGAUUUCAUGGUAGCUGCUGAAAUCGCGAAGCGCAACAUGGCUACUCCACGCGGCGGAAGGCUAGCCGGCCCUUUUGCUGGCAUGACCGAGGCCAAACCGGAGGAUGGAGAGAUUAUCUACCUUAGCAGUGACAGCGACAAUACUUUGACGGAACUCAAGCCAUACGACACUUAUAUUAUUGGUGGGCUGGUUGACAAGAAUCGACACAAGGCUAUCUGCUAUAAGAGCGCCAUGGCGGCCGGCAUUAAGACUGCUAAACUCCCCAUCGGCGAGUACAUCUCAAUGUCUCAUCGUUCAGUUUUAGCCACUAACCACGUGGUGGACAUUAUGCUCAAGUGGUUGGAGCUGGGCGACUGGGGAGAGGCGUUCAUGAAGGUCCUGCCGCAGAGAAAGGGAGGAAAGUUGCGUGCCAACUCAAAUGAAGAGGAAGAUGCCGAAGAGGCAGAGGGGGAGUAUCACGAGGAUGAGAAUGAAAAUGAAAAUGAAGCGGAUCAAAUUGCAGCCGUCGAGGCUGCAGCUGAUGAUGAAAGUGAGGAAGAGGAAGAGAAUGCAUGA